AACAUGGCCUCCUUCGAGUCCAGCGACGACAUUUCGGACAGACCUUCUCUUUUGGAGUCCGAGCUGACCUGUCCUGUGUGUCAAGACAUUUUCCGAGACCCCUUGCUGCUUUCUUGCAGUCACAGUUUUUGUCGUGUAUGCCUGGAAGCCAGCUGGAAGAACAAAUCCAAGAAAACCUGUCCUGUGUGUCGAAAGAACUGCGACGAAGAAAAACCGAUCCCGAAUUUGGCUCUGAAGAACACCAGUGAAUCUUUUCAGAAAGAGAAAGCAUGGCAUGUUUCAGGGGCACCACCGAUCAUCUGUGGUCUACACCAACGAGAACUACAGCUGUUCUGCGUUCACGACGAGUGUCCUAUAUGUGUUGAGUGCGUUACACUGCACACAGGCCAUGAAAUGACACCUAUACCUAAGGGAGUGGAUGUCUGUAAGGACGAGCUCGGUAUAAAAAUAAAGAUACUUGUUGACAAAAUGGAGUCAUUUAGGAAAACGAAGAAACGAUGUGGUGAGACUGUCACUUACAUUCAGAGCCAGUCAGAGGAGGCAGAGAAGAGAAUCAAACAGGAGUUUGAGAGACUUCAUAAAAUCCUGAAUGAUGAACAAGAUGCCAGAAUUGCAGAAUUGAAGAAGGAAGAAGAACAGAAGAAACAAAUCUUGAAUAAGAAGAUUGACAGCAUCAGCCGUGAUAUUGAGUCUCUUUCUGGACUGAUUCAGUCAGUGAGCAGGGAGAUGGGAGCAGAAGAUCUAAUUUUCUUACAAAAUUUUCAGACUCUAAAACAGAGGGCCCAGUGGACAGCUGAGGAGUCUCAAAAGGUUCCGUCUGGAGUCCUCAUUGAUGUGGCUCUGCAUGUUGGAGGGCUGGAUUACAAAGUUUGGGAGAGUAUUCAGUCUCGUAUUAAAUGUUUUCCUGUGCUGAUGGAUCCAAACACAGUUUCACCCUGGCUCUCCAUCUCCCCUGACUACAUAAGUAUCAGAGAUAGCCCAGAGAGGCUGUCUGUUCCUGACAACCCAGAACGUUUUGAUCCCUGUGUCUUUGCCCUGGGCUCAGAGGGUUUUACCUCAGGUCGCCACCGCUGGGAGGUCCAUGUUGGCGAUAACCCAAAGUGGGUUCUUGGAGUGUGUAAGGAGUCAGUGGCUCGCAAGAGAAAGUUCACAGUCACUACAUCAGGAGGAGUGUGGAGCAUUGGCCUGAGUAAAGGAGUGUACAGUGCUUUGACUACUCCACGCACCACGCUGAAUGUGGAGAGGAGGCCUGAGACAAUCAGGGUGAAGCUCAACAUGGAAAAGGGAGAGGUGUCAUUCUGGGAUGUGGACAAUGGGAAACAUCUCAUUACCUACACCGACAAACUUCCCAGAAAACUCUUUCCGCUCUUUGGCCCUGGGCUUCAUAACACACCAAUGUCUAUUCUGCCUUCCAAAGUAACUAUCCACAAGUCAUAAUACGAAAAAAUGUUCAUCUAAUCAUCUAAUGCUAAUUCAUUAAUGCAAAAUACUUAUAUUAAGACAAACUAUGGGACAUGUAUGAACUAUAUGAAUUUCCAAACCCCAUCCACAAAUCUGGACAUUUUGUAAAAAUGCAGUAAAAACUAGAAUCUAUUAUUUGUUAAUUUUCUUCAGCCUGUAUUUAACAAUGAACAAAGAAUUACAAACAAAUUACUUUCAAUGUUUUGAAACUUGCUUGUAUUUGGUACAUUUGUAAUUUCACUCAUUCAUUGCACCACUUUAUCCUAUUCAGAGUCGUGGUGGGUACAAUUUACUGGGCGAAAGGUAGGAAACACCCUGAGCAGGUCGCCCGACAAUUACAGGCACUGCUCAGCCCUGUGCAGGCGCUAUCAGUCAGCCAGUAGGGGCCGCAGUUGCACCAGUUAUGAGGAGCCAUGAUCCGACUUUUUACCUCUAACCCUAUGAACAACAGCCAAUCGUUGUUCAUGCAGCCGCCCAGCCCAGUCGGAAGGCAGAGCUGAGAUUCGAUACGAUAUAUUUAAAAACCCAACUCUGGUAUGCUAGUGUACUUUACCGCUGUGCCACCUGAGCGGCCCUUUAUUUAUUUUUUAUAAACUUGGGUUUGUAAAUAUUCACUGCUUUACUUAAAACAAUUAUCAGUAUUUUGCUAGUCAUCUGCUAACCUUAUGUGUAGCAUGAAUUGUACAAAAUGUCCCAGCUUUUCUAGAAUAUGGGGUUUGUCAUUUUGAGUUUGUAAGUUUGUAAAAAUUAUGGUGGUUAUCCACACAAAAAUAUAGAUUCAAAACAUAAUUGACUAUUAUGACUUAAUUUUUUCAUUGUACCUCAUUGGUAUGACAGGUUAUAUUAGGUUAUAAUGUACACACACAUAAAAGACAACAUAUAAAUAAAUCAUUCUAAAGUAGGCUAAGUACAUGGAAAUCUUUAGGCAGAUUUAUUUAUUUAGGGUGGCUUGGCUCGGCGAGUAGCACUGUAGCUUCACUGCAAGAAGGCGUGAAUAUGUUUGUGUGUAUGCCUGCCCUGCGAUGGACUGGUAUCCGGUCCAGGGUGUUUCUGUGUGCCUUACACCCAUUGAGAACUGGGAUAAGCUCCAGCACCCUCACGACCCUGAUUAGGAUAAGCGGCUUAGAAUGUAAAAGAGUAAGUGAGAUUUGUUUAUUUUCUUUUUGUAAUUUUUUAUUUGCUGCUUUAUCGUGGUCAGGGUUUUAGCAAGUCUGGUUCCACCAAUAAACACUGGGUUCGAAUCUCAGCGGUGGUGGGCUAGCAUGAUAGACGUGCAUAUUUUAUGACAAAUUCUGAAAUGUUAUGAGAGAUUUCUGUUCAUAUUAAAAAGGUUUCCAGAGUCCUGUUCUUAAGACAAACAUUUGGUGUAUGCUAAUUAAUAGAUGGUCUGUAGGUUUGUAUCCAAAUGAUUUACUUAAUAAUAAUUACAGCAAUUUCCCUAAUUAUUUUAGCAUUUUAAUUUAGUGAUGUUAUUCCCUAAUUUAUUAUUGCAUAUAUUGGAAAUGUGUUCAAAAUGUAUAUUUCUGUAUUUUUAUAAAAGCCCCAUGUGAGUAGUUUUUUUUUUUUCUUUUUUUUUUUUCUGUAUUUUUAAGUCUGGGGUACCAGAAAAUUAAAAUCAGUAAUAUUAAAAAAUGUAAAUUUGCUCAUAAAAAGUAAGGACAUUUUAUUAGGAACACUAUACGAAUACUGGGCAGCACCUUCAGUUUGACGACUCAGAACACUUGUUUUUUGUGGUAUGAAAAAAAGUCUUUAAAAAUGUGGAUAAGUGUUGGCAAGCUAGAUUCAUGUAAUUGCUGCAAAUGUGUCUGCUGUUUAUUCAUCAUGUAAAUUGUCCCAUUCUGCUGCAUCAGGGUGCUCUGUUGGUUUUAUCUGGUGUCUUAACAGAUAUAUCACCACCACUAGUCUGCACUAAUGACGCAAGACUGGUUGGGUGCAAUAAUGAGUGCUAUUUACUCCCAUUUGUAACCCUACCCUUUACAUAUCACAGAAUAAACUGAGAUUCUAGAA